AUGGACAAAACUUUGAAGCUACUCGUUUUAUUCGUUGCAUGGACUUGUUCAUUCCCUGCACUGAGAUGUGCAGAAAGAGCCGAUCCUCCAGCAACCAAUGAGGACCCCAUUAAAUUCACUACUGGAAGUGCCACUCCAGCAAGCUACAAUCAGUUCAUUGAUGCGCUUCGAGAGAGACUAACAGGUGGGCUGAUAUAUGGCAUACCUGUGCUUCGAGAUCCUUCAACAGUGGAAGAACCAAAUCGAUAUGUUACAGUCGAACUCUCAUACUCGGACACGGUAUCUAUCCAAUUAGGUAUCGAUUUGACUAAUGCAUAUGUUGUAGCAUACCGGGCAGGAAGUGAGUCCUUUUUCUUCCGCGAUGCCCCAGCAUCUGCAUCUACCUACCUUUUCACUGGCACGCAGCAGUACUCCCUUCCUUUUGAUGGUAAUUAUGAUGAUCUAGAGAAGUGGGCACACCAGAGUAGACAGCGAAUAAGCCUAGGUUUAGAGGCCUUGAGACAAGGGAUAAAGUUUCUAAGAAGUGGGGCCAGUGACGAUGAAGAAAUAGCUCGUACCCUGAUCGUGAUAAUCCAAAUGGUUGCAGAAGCAGCUCGAUUUAGGUACAUAUCUAAGCUGGUUGUUAUAAGCCUCACAAAUCGUGCAGCGUUUCAACCUGAUCCUAGCAUGUUAAGUUUGGAGAACACAUGGGAACCUUUGUCAAGAGGUGUUCAACAAUCAGUGCAAGAUACCUUUCCACAAAAUGUCACGUUGAUAAAUGUUCGUCAAGAACGUGUUGUUGUAACUUCCUUGUCACACCCAUCAGUUUCAGCUCUAGCAUUGAUGCUUUUUGUCUGCAAUCCGCCAAAUGCAAACCAAUCACCUCUCUUAAUAAGAUCAGUUGUGGAACAAUCAAAGAUUUGCAGCUCUCAUUAUGAACCAACCGUGCGCAUUGGUGGUCGAGAUGGGUUGUGCGUGGAUGUCUCUGACAAUGCCUAUAACAAUGGCAAUCCUAUCAUACUGUGGAAAUGCAAAGACCAGCUUGAAGUGAACCAGCUGUGGACCUUGAAAAGUGACAAGACGAUAAGGUCCAAGGGGAAGUGUUUAACUACCUAUGGUUAUGCUCCAGGGAAUUAUGUCAUGAUAUAUGAUUGUAGCUCGGCAGUAGCAGAGGCCACUUAUUGGGAUAUAUGGGACAAUGGAACCAUUAUCAAUCCAAAGUCAGGCUUGGUCUUGAGUGCUGAAUCUAGUAGCAUGGGAGGGACACUCACCGUGCAAAAGAACGAUUAUCGAAUGCGACAGGGCUGGCGUACAGGCAAUGACACAAGCCCUUUUGUAACUUCAAUCGCUGGGUUUUUGAAUCUCUGCAUGGAAGCUCACGGAAAUAGCAUGUGGCUGGAUGUCUGUGACAUCACCAAGGAGGAGCAGCAAUGGGCAGUUUACCCAGAUGGUUCUAUACGACCAGUGCAAAAUACAAACAACUGUUUAACUUCUGAAGAACACAAACAAGGAGCUACCAUUGUCAUGAUGGGUUGUAGCAAUGCAUGGGCUAGCCAAAGAUGGGUGUUUAAAAGUGAUGGUACCAUUUAUAAUUUAUAUGACGACAUGGUGAUGGAUGUGAAAAGCUCUGAUCCCAGUCUUAAACAGAUAAUACUUUGGCCAUACACCGGUAACGCUAACCAAAUGUGGGCUACUUUGUUUUAAUGGCUUCAUGCCUGAGGAGGCAAAUGCUAUCUGCCUCUGUAAUGUUUAAAUAAGUGACGGAAUCUAUCGAUUCCAGAAACAGUCACGAGCUUCAUGCUGC